UGCGCGCCGCCGCCACCGCCCCCUCCGCCAUGUGACGGCGCGAGGCGGCGGCGGCCGUGAUGGCGACCUACGUGAGCGAGCUGGAGGCGGCCAAGAAGAGCCUCAGCGAGGCGCUGGGCGAGAACGUGAAGCAGUACUGGGCCAACCUGAAGCUCUGGUUCAAGCAGAAGAUCAGUAAGGAGGAGUUUGACCUGGAAGCGCGCAGGCUUCUCACGCAAGACAAUGUCCACUCUCACAACGAUUUCCUCCUGGCUAUUCUCACCCGAUGCCAGAUCUUGGUUUCUGCCCCAGAAGGUGCUGGAUCUCUGCCAUGGCCAGGUGGCUCUGCAACUAAACCUGGAAAACCCAAAGGGAAGAAAAAGAUUUCUUCAGUUCGCCAAAAGUUCGAUCACCGGUUCCAGCCUCAAAACCCGCUGUCGGGAGCCCAGCAGUUUGUGGCAAAGGAUCCUCAGGAGGAUGAUGAUUUGAAGCUGUGUUCUCACACCAUGAUGCUCCCAACACGUGGCCAGCUGGAAGGAAGGAUGAUUGUCACUGCCUAUGAGCAUGGGCUGGACAAUGUCACCGAGGAGGCAGUGACAGCCGUUGUUUAUGCUGUGGAGAACCACCUUAAGGACAUUCUGACCUCUGUGAUAUCCAGGAGGAAAGCCUAUCGUCUGAGGGAUGGCCAUUUCAAGUAUGCCUUUGGAAGCAAUGUCAACCCUCAGCCAUAUCUGAAGAACAGUGUUGUUGCUUAUAACAACUUAAUUGAGUGCCCCCCAAGCAGUGCGACGCCCUCGGCGGGUCAGAGCCUGGCCCCCCCGCCCGCUCCUGAUGAUGCUGAGCAGCAGGCAGCCCUGCUCCUGGCCUGCUCUGGGGACACUGUGCCAGCAUCCCUGCCUCCAGUCAACAUGUAUGACCUCUUUGAGGCACUGCAGGUGCACAAAGAAGUGAUCCCUGCACACACAGUCUAUGCUCUCAACAUUGAGAGGAUUGUCAUGAAACUCUGGCACCCCAACCACGAGGAGCUGCAGCAGGACAAGAUCCAUCGGCAGCGCCUGGCCAUGAAGGAGGGCCUCCUGCUCUGCUAGAGCUGGGCAGCCCUGCCAGCCCUCAGGUGGCUCCAGCUUGCUCCUGGGACUUGUCAUUCGGAUGCUCCUUACAAACCUGUGUCAGCAUCUCCAGGAUGAUGUGAUUUAUGAGUCAACUUUUCCUAUGGAAAUGGGACUGAGUCGUGGGACACUUCCUCUGCUUCCCCAGAGUCAUGUGCUGUGGAGUACUUGCAGCAAUGCCACUGAGUUGGGAAAGAGAAAGAAGACACAUUUGCUAGGACUGUUUUUAGGUAAAAUAAAUGUGAGAGUGGAAAUAGUUGGUUUUAAA